ACUCGUACCGUAAGAUCGCCCCAGUAUUUUAAAAAAUCUAAGCUGUUAGAAUAUUUCUUUUAUUUUUUUUGAUUUCCAGUACUUCAUGAAGGAAGAAAUCAAGAACCACUGCCCUAAGCAAAACAAUGAGGCCGAAGCACAGUGAAUGAAAAACAAUUCUUCCGCGAAUGCUGAAUGAGCUAAAACUAGAAAGUUCCCUCGAAAACCGACCGUUUGUGACGAGAACUGACCCCCAUAUCGAAAAAACAACUUCUAAAACUCUCGGUUAGCAUUAAUAUUUUAAAUGAAAAAGUAACAUUAAGAAUGAAACGAUUUAUUCAUAACCAAACAGGUACAUGAAUCUUCGAAGUUUGAAGGACGUCACAGUUUAAGUAGCUGACAUGUCGCGGUAUCUUGAAAUUUGUAGGAAAGUUCUUGCAAUCGGUCGGAACUACAGAGAUCAUGCCAUAGAACUUGGAAAUGAGGUACCCUCAAAGCCAGUGGUGUUUUUGAAGCCACCAUCCUCUAUUAUUUUAGAAGGUCAAGCAAUUCAGAUACCUUAUAACUGCAAAUCUCUGCAUCAUGAGGUAGAACUGGCUGUUGUAAUUGGUUCAAAAGGCAAAAAUAUACCAGAAGGGAAAAGUAAUUCUUAUGUUGAUGGCUAUUUUUUGGCUUUGGAUAUGACUGCACGAGAUUUACAAGAGGAAGCUAAAUCAAAGCGACAACCAUGGACUAUUUCAAAAGGUUUUGAUACUUCUUGUCCUCUGAGUCGUUUUAUUAGUACAAAAGAAAUUAAAGAUUCAUCCUGUAUAGAUUUGUGGUUGAAGGUAAAUGGACAGCUGCGUCAAGCUGGUAAUACAAAAGAUAUGAUUUUUGAUAUCUCUCAUCUUAUUUCAUAUAUAAGCAAAUAUUUUACUUUGGAACCUGGUGAUAUCAUUCUCACAGGAACACCAUCUGGAGUUGGUUCAGUUGAGAAUGGAGAUAUCAUUGAAGCAGGUAUUGGAAAUCUUGUCAAGAUGACAUUUUCUGUUGAAAGUGCAAAAUGAAAAGAAAAUAUGUGCACCGCUAUAUAUUAUAAAAUCAGUAUUGUAAAUUUCAAUUUUGAUAUUAGAUGAUUCUAAUAAAUCUUUCGGGAUUCUAUAUUCCUGAGCAACCUUUGAUUUAGCUAAAAGAAUUUUUUAUAUUUUUCCAAUUUUAAAUUCCCAUGAAUUUAUUUUUGAAUUGUCUUUGUUAAUUUAAAACAACUUAUAAGGCAGUUUUAUGUACUAAUGAAUAAAAUCAACAAAACUUUUUGAAAAUCUU